GGAGAGAGUCGGACAAGAUCACGACCAACAGCUCGAUCCAGGCUGCUAAUCCUGCACGAAAACAGCGGCUUUUCAUUAAUAUAUGCACAGUUUAACAGCACAGAAGCAAAGCUAAGGGUUUAGUGUUCAUUUCAGGAAUUGGAAGUUAACAGAAGACCGCGAUCGUCGACCAAAGCACGAGAAGAUGUCUGGAAAAGACAGGAUCGACAUAUUCCCCUCCAGAAUGGCUCAGACCAUCAUGAAGGCUCGGCUGAAAGGGGCUCAAACGGGCCGCAACCUGCUCAAGAAGAAAUCUGACGCCCUCUCCAUGCGCUUCCGUCAGAUCCUCCGCAAAAUUAUUGAAACUAAGACUAAGAUGGGAGAGGUGAUGAGAGAAGCGGCCUUCUCUUUGGCUGAGGCCAAAUUUACAGCUGGAGACUUCAGCACAACUGUAAUCCAGAAUGUCAACAAAGCCCAGGUGAAGGUCCGAGCCAAGAAAGACAACGUGGCAGGUGUCACCCUUCCAGUUUUCGAGCACUACCAAGAAGGCGGAGACAGUUAUGAGCUGACUGGUCUGGCCAGAGGAGGAGAGCAGCUCUCCAGGUUGAAGAGGAACUAUGCCAGAGCUGUGGAGCUGCUGGUGGAGCUGGCCUCCUUACAGACAUCUUUUGUCACUCUGGAUGAAGCCAUAAAGAUCACCAACCGCCGUGUUAACGCUAUUGAGCACGUGAUUAUUCCUCGCAUCGAUCGCACUCUUACCUACAUCAUCACAGAGCUGGACGAGAGAGAACGAGAGGAGUUCUACAGGCUGAAGAAGAUCCAAGAGAAGAAGAAGCAGCUCAGGGAAAGGACAGAACUGGAGAUCGCAGCUCGCUUGGCUAAACUGGGUCCCAUCGCGGAGCCCACCAACAUGCUGACGGAGGAGACGGAUGAAGACCUGCUGUUCGAGUGAAGCGCUCCAAAAGGCCUCACCCCAACCUCCUAUUUAUUCUGUGCCUCUCAGGCCAUGUCCAUGUCUCCUCAUGCAAGUGAUGGAUUUUUUUGUGUACUCGUCUGUGAUGAUUUGUUCUAUUGUUUCAGUGCGUGUUUCCAGAUAUGUCACUGUACAGAACCAAAGUGUCGUCACACUUGAAUGCUCACCCCCAAGGGAGUCAGUUCACUAUUAUGAAAUAAUCUAAUAAGAGUAUAAGUAUGUUUACACAUGGUUUGUGAGUGAAAUAAAAGAAGCAUUCCGUGUGACUGAUCAGCUUGUAGAUAUUCCUCCCAACAUUCAGAGCCAUUGCAUGCUGUAAAGCUUAGAGGGUGACUUUGGUGUUUUUCAACCUGGAUCCUAUUUUACCUUUUUUUUGUGUCUGAGUGAUUCAUAGAGACAGCUGUUUUUGAAAACUGGAAGUAUUGAGUGCGACGCGAAACAAGCUGCAAUGUAACGAUAACUGGACAAUAGCACACUGUCGAUUUACGUCCACUGAAAGUGCUUGUUUUUGCCACUGACAGGCUUGUCUGUCUUGUAUGGAAAGGAUCCCUACAGAGAUAGACCCAUUUUUAAAGAGGAAGUUACUUUUUGUUUAACCAGAAACAGCCCCAAAAUUGCUAUCCCCAAACCCACCAGACUCCAUUUAAACAAACAGCAAUUUUUAUCAUCACAAACUCAUAAAAGCCGUCUUGACUCGUCUUUCAACUGUUCCUACAAUCACAGGCUUGCUUGAAAUAAACCCUUAAUUCACCCAGUUACAUGUGAAGACAUGCCGACUCUACACGCUAAAAUUACUGUUUAUUUAAAUGGAGUCUAACUCUUAAUCAGUAAGAUCCACCUCUGUCAGGAUCCUUUUCAUAAUGUUAUCAGACAUUUAGAAUAUUAAUCCGAGCCUGUCAGAGGCAAAAACAAACACAUUCGUUGCUCACACCUUCCAAGUGUUUACACUGCAGCCUGUUUCACUGCUGCAGGCUGCAACGCUCUUUUUCAAUGCUGGACCAGUUUCGAAAAUUGUUCCCAUUUGUCACUUAGACACAAAACAUGGAAAAAAAGAGUCCAGGUUGAAAAACACCAAAGUUGCGAUUUAAGUUGGUUGUAGAUUUCAAAGAGUGUGAGUGUGUUGUGGAGGUUGUUGUUGUUACCUCAUCUGAAGAUGUUUACCAUUGCAACACAAAACCCUGAAGUGACCCCACUGUAAAACACGGUGUGCAAAUCAACAUAGCCCCACACGUCAUCCAAAUAAAGAUGUUAUCGAUAUCUAA